AUAAACAAUAUAACUGGGGAUUCAUACAGGAAAGAGACUAGUAGUUUGUAAAGCAGGAAUAACCAUGAGGUCUGAGAAGUGGGUUUCAGCUCUUUGGCUGCUGCAGCUGUCUUGCUUUAGCUCUGGGUUUUGUGGCAAGGUCCUGGUAUGGCCAAUGGAGUAUAGUCACUGGAUCAAUCUAAAGGCCAUCUUGGAUGAGCUCCUAGAGAGGGGCCAUGAGGUGACUGUGCUGACACCCUCAGCUACUGUUUUUGUUGAUCCCAGUAAUUCAUCCAGGUUCCAUGCUGAGGUUUUCCCUGUGAGGAUAAAUCAAGAGGAUUUGGCAAAAUUUUUUGAAAACUUUAUCACACUUUGGACUUAUGAAUGGCAAAAACUUCCACCACUGGAGUAUGGUGCAGCCAUGCAAGACAUGUUCCAGUAUUCAAGGCUGAUGAAACAGCAGUGUGAGAACGUCGUUCUGAACAAAGACCUUAUGGAGAAAUUGAAGAAAGGCAGAUAUGAAGUGGUUAUUUCUGAUGCUGUUUGUCUUUGUGCUGAGCUCAUAGCAGAGAUACUUGGAAUACCCUUCAUCUAUAGUCUGCGCUUCAGCAUGGGCAAUUACUAUGAAACAUACUGUGGAGGACUCCCAUCCCCUCCUUCCUAUGUACCUGUCCCCAUGACAAAAUUGACUGACAAGAUGACCUUUAUGGAGAGGGUGAAAAAUAUGCUUUUCUACAUUUACUUUGACUUUUGCUUCCAGAGUUUUGAUGGGAAGGAUUGGGACCAGUUUUACAGCGAUGUGCUAGGAAGACCCACCACAUUAUGUGAAACUAUGGGAAAAGCUGAAAUGUGGCUGAUUCGAACAUACUGGGAUUUUGAAUUUCCUCGCCCAUACUUGCCAAAUUUUGAGUUUGUUGGAGGACUCCACUGCAAACCUGCCAAGCCUCUUCCUGAAGAUAUGGAAAAAUUCGUCCAGAGCUCUGGGGAACAUGGUAUUGUGGUGUUUUCUCUUGGGUCAAUGGUCAAAAACCUAACUGAUGAAAAGAGUAACCUGAUUGCUGCAGCUCUUGCCCAGAUUCCACAGAAGGUUCUAUGGAGAUACAAAGGAAAGAAGCCAGACACAUUAGGUCCAAAUACCAAAACCUUUGACUGGAUUCCCCAGAAUGAUCUUCUUGGUCACCCUAAAACCAAGGCUUUUAUUACUCAUGGUGGAACCAAUGGAAUCUAUGAAGCUAUCUAUCAUGGAAUUCCCAUGAUAGGUGUACCCAUGUUUGCAGAUCAGCCUGAUAACAUUGCUCACAUGAAGGCCAAGGGAGCAGCUGUUGAGGUCGACUUUAACUCGAUGACAACUGAAGACAUGCUUAAUGCUUUAAAGACAGUCAUCAAUGACCCCUCAUACAAAGAGAAUGCUAUGAGAUUAUCAAGAAUUCACCAUGAUCAACCUGUGAAACCCCUAGACCGAGCUGUCUUCUGGAUAGAAUUUGUGAUGCGUCACAAAGGUGCUAAGCACCUUAGACCUGCCGCCCACGACCUUACCUGGUAUCAGUACCACUCCUUGGAUGUGAUUGGCUUCCUACUUGCCUGUGUAGCAACUGUUGUCUUUAUAGUCACCAAAUGCUGUUUAUUUUGCUGCCGGAAGUUGGGUAAAACAGGAAAAAAACAAAAGAGGGCAUAAUUUCCUCUGAUACCUAAGGCUGAGGAUGGGGAGUUGAGGUGAAAAAAGGAGCUUUAGUAUGAUUUAGUCUAGCUGCUAUGAGAUUUGAACAAAGUCCUCCUUUUUCCAAUUCAACAAUAUUUAUAUAACUAUUAUAAUUUCCAAAGCAUUGUACAUGAGCCCUGAAGGAGAUUCAAAGGCAAAUAAGAUAGUUCUUAUCUUUGCUGAGUUUACAACCAAUUUAGAAAGAUAAGACACGUACACCAAUAAUCAGAGUAAUAAUUGUAUGAGAAGAAAUGCACCAAAAGGAGCAUUUUUAAGAGUUUUUUCCUUUUUAUUCUUUAGUCUCUGUUACUAAAGAUUUUCCCAGGAAGAUUAUAAAAACUAUAGUAUAAAAGUCAUUGAAAAUAACAUGGAGGUAUAACAACAACAACAAAAAUUCAAAUGGAAUUAUUCCUCAAUCUUUUACUGGGUUUUGAUCAUCUGAUUUCUUUCUUUUGAUUUCCUGUCUUUCCUUUCUACAUCCACAAUUGUUAUUUCACAAUGAAAAUAUAAUUUCCAAGAGUCAUUCAAGCACCCUUUAAUCCUGAUCUAUCUAUGAAUGCAACUUGUCCCAAAUGGUUUGUGACCAUAGCUUGAUGCUCUAGUACUGAUAAGUCAAAGUCUACCUGAACUCUACUACCAAAUUUUCUGAGUGACCAUGAGAUUUCAUAGUCUCUGGGAUUCAGUUUCCUCAUUUGUUCAUGCUCACUUUCUAAUAAUCAAAUUGCAAUUCACAUGUGCCUUAAGCAUCGUUGAACUGAACUUUACUACUAUAACCCUUUGAUUCAGCAUUUCCCUAUUCAGAGCUCAUUGUUAUCUUCUUUCCAAAGGGGCAGUGGAAUUUUUCAUUUGUUAUGGCAGGAAAUAUGUUUUGUAUCAACUAUCUGAAAAGAAAGCAUAUUCCCAUUUAGCCCCCCCUACAAAUUUUUUUUUUUGAAAAGUGAGCAACUUGUUAUAGACUCCCAAGUAUAGUUGACUGGAAAAUAAGCAUGAUUCCACCUAACUGUAAAAUGUUUGAGCUUAUUCUGACCUUCCGUGUUUUCUCCUCCUGUUCUUUUUAUCCUUACUUCCAUCUUCCUGAUAGCCACAAGAUCUUGGAACAUUGAAUACCUCAAGGUAUUCACUCAGUCAUCAGAUUACUACCAAACUCAGUAAAAUAAAAAACUGAAAUUCACUGAAGAAAAGAACUUAGUUAAUUGGGAUUUCCAAGACCCUGCAUUGCUUGAGAAUAAAACAGAAAUAAAUGGUUCUGGGCUUCAAAAAGAAACUCAAAUUUCUCUCUUUCUAGAGAGCAUCCAUUCAAAAUCAUUACCAAAUAUUUCUAAGCUCAUAGGAAAUUGUUAGAAAAAUAAAUAGUGAUCAUAGUACCUAUUAAGAAAGAAUUGCUAAAGGAUUUCUUCCACAUUUCAUCUUAAUUAGUAAUACCUAAAUUCAGAACAGAGUAAAAUUACUCCUAUGGCUUGUAAAAGCAAGAAUAACAGAAUGCUUUUCUUUUCUCAGGGAGAGAGAUUAUCUCCAAUAUGCUAAUGAGAAAAAUGUGGAUGUCUUAGAGUAAAGGAAACUAUAAAGGAAUACAGGAGUAAACAUUAUUGUUCACUAGUAGUACAAACAAAAUAGUAACAAAAUAAAAAUCUUGUGAGUAUUAUGAAUUUUUAUUUUAAAAGGUCACUUAAAAAAAUCAUUUGUAUUGAUCAAUUCUUAGGUUAUAAUCAAAAUAAGAUAUCCCUGUGGAAAAGCAUUGAAUUUAAUUCUUUAGAAAUUGAGCCUUACUGUCUCAUCUAGACUGCUAGAGUUUAGUGUUCUAUAAAUCCUCUCUUCAAAAUAAAGGGGUUUGUUAACAUUCUAGUUUAAUCUUUUGAUAGCGUUUGUAGCUAAGUUCAAUCUUUUAAAUUUUCUUUUAAUUUUGAAAAAGUUAAAGAUGAACAUGAUCCAAGGCCUUUCAGCUUACCGUGGAUUUCUAAACAUCAUUCAGACCAUAUCUAAUUAGGAAUCAAGUAUACUAUGUUUGACUCUUAAGCGUUCUACUUAUGGACAGAUAUUUACAUAAUGCUUCUUAAAUUGUCUAUCAUUAUGUGAAUUGUGUUAAUUAAACAUUAGAUACUUGUAGGUCUUGGAAUAAAGUAUACAUAUUGCUGCUAGAAUUUUUACCAUUAUAGUAUCUAUGUCUAACUUAGUAGGAGUUAAUGGUUACACGAUACAUUUUCAGAGGACAAGUGCCCUCUACUGGCCUAAUUAAAAACUGUAAAUUCCUAUAUAACUCAAGUUCAUUUUCAAAAUUCAUAUGAUUGACUGUGAAAUUACUAAUGUUACUUCUUGAAUUUGAUUGAAAAUAUCAAUAUAUGACUGCAAACUCUUUGUAUGCUUAUUUUAGCUUAAAUUCAUUUUCCAAAGAUUUCUAAAUUAAAAAAAAAAUUGUUAUGGUGUGUA